AUGUCGAACCAAGGCCUCAUUGAGGUGUUCUCGCCAUACGAGGCAGCUCAGAUGCUUCUCGCCCAGACCGGUCUCUCCGACAUCUCCAAGACCCUCCUGGCAGGCACCUCCGGUCUGGCCGUGCAGGCGCUCGUGACCGGCUCUGUCCUCCAGCUGGUCCACCGCUACUUCCAGCGCCAGGCGCGCUUGAAGGCUCGGAGCGCACACGGCGGUGCAGGCACCCAAGACCCGCCUCUUGCCCGAGCGGGUGUCAUGUGGCUCACUGGUCUCAUCUGCGUACACGUCGUUCUGGUCUACAUCACCAACGCCCGCGUACUCUUGAUGAGCCAGCAAUUCACCGCUGGGUACCUCAUGGACUUUUGGCUCGCCCAGCUGUCCAACCUCAUCUUUACGGUCGUCCUUCUCCCGAUCUUCCUCUUCUUUGCCUUCCGCGCAUGGAACCUCUGGUCACGCCGCAAGGCCGUCAUGGGUCUCUGCCUCGCCGCAGUCACCCCGGCCGUCGGGCUCGGUCUUGCCGCUGCCGCAUUCGGCCUGCAGCACCCGUACCCCCUUGAGCAGAUCGACAACUCUGCUUUUGCAGCGUGGUUGCCGUUCUUCAUCUCCACCAUCAAGAAACUGCAGUGGAUCACGCUCGCUAGCUCUGCCGCCCAGUUCAUUGCCGCUUGCGUCUUCUCCGGCCUCAUCUGCACCGGCCUUUUUGCGCACAAGAACUGCUGCGCUAUCAUGCCUGGAUUCUCUGGCAAGCUCGCCUUCGUGGCUGGUGAAUCGCUCUUCCCGCUUGUGAUCACCUCGGGCGCCAUCCUCGCUGGAGAUGUCAUCACCAAGGUCUCCGUUUCGCCUAUUGGCCCGCUCAUCUCCCGAGCGGUCCACUCGUGCGCGCCAGCCAUCUACUUCCACUGCCUCAUGAACUCUCUCACCUCUGCCCAGCGGUACCGCGACACCCUGCGCGGGUCGAUGUCUGCACACCGGCCGAGCCUUGGCGAUAUCCACGGCGGUGACGGCCAGCUCUCUGAGAAGAUGAGCGAGGACGACACAUUCUGCCCCGUCCCUGAGGAUCUCGAUACGCCUCUCGAGGUCGAGUACAACCCAUCGUCCGCCAAAGGCCGGUUCAACCUCCCCAAUAUCUUCACCACCAGACCCAAGGACUCGCUCCCUACCUCCUUCAGCGACUCUGCGCCCGCGACCGCCCCCUCCGGCUCCCUCUCUGCCAAGCUCGGCAGCUUCACCCUCCCCUCGCCGAUUCGUAUGGCCUUCAACCGGGGUCCCGCCAAGGAAGCCGAAGAGCCCGAGGAUCACUACACCCUCCGUUCGGCCGGGAGCGGGCGGCGCUCCUCGCUCGCCCGCGCGUGCUCGUACGGGUCCGCGAAAGCCGGCGAGCUCAAGUCCAUGUCUGGCCUCAGCAUCAAGCUGAACCACAACAAGCUUCCCCUGCCCAUCGUGUCCUUCCAACCGCCCUUGGACCGCCGGGAGUCGGAGCAAAUCUUUGUGGCGCACGAGGAGUUUGAGGGGUUGCCGCACACCCCCGGAGAUGGGAUGGGGGGAGGCAAGAAGGGACUCAGCCUCAAUGAUAUCGAGGAGGGAGGGAGCGAUGCGGCGUUGACGCCCAAGUACUUUACCCCGCCGAGGAUCGCCAGUCCGAGCCCGAUGUUUGGCGGCGAGUGGAAGGACGAGAACAGGGCCGGUCCGAGUAAGGCCCCGGACUUUGGGCGGAGCCCGGAGAGCGUGUACGAGGCUCAGGUCGGUCAGGCCUAG